AUGGCAAGUGGCGUUGAGGUUAACGACGAAUGUGUAAAAGAAUAUGAACUACUCAAACAUAAAAAAGCAUACAAGUAUAUUACAUUCAAAAUUUCUGAUAAUCAUGAACAAAUCAACAUUGAAAAGAAAGUCCAAGACGGAACUUAUGAGGAAUUUGUUGCUUGCCUUCCUGAAAACGAACCUCGUUAUGCUGUUUACGAUUUCGAAUAUGAAAAACCAGGUGAAGGUCAUCGUAGCAAGAUCGUUUUCUAUUCCUGGAUUCCCGAUACAGCUAGAAUCAAGCCCAAGAUGAUUUAUGCUUCAAGCAAGGAAGCUUUUCGUAAAAAACUUAAUCCUUCCAUUGAAAUACAAGGAACAGAUUUUUCCGAAGUAUCUUUUGAAGCUGUUCUGGAAAAAGCAAUUCGAACAAGCUAA